AUGCCAUUUUAUAUAAAUAAACAUAUAAACCUUUUUAAUGUCUAUAAAUUAUUUCAUAACAAAAAAAAAAAAAGUUGGAUGAUAAUGAUUCCACCCAUAAAAGAUAGAAAUAAUUAUAAUAGAAACGUUUCCUGGAGUCCUGAUAAAAAGUGUACGAAUGAAAUUAAAAAAGAAAUUAUACAUGAUGAAAAUAAGAUAGAUCAUAAUAAUGAUAAUAAUAAUAAUAUGGAUGAUAUAUCUUAUAAGAAUAGUAAUAAUGAAAAUGUUCCUAAUCAUAACAUUAAUCAUUUUAAUAAUAACAUAAUAUGUAAUCAUUCUAUUAGUAAAAAUUAUAAAAGAAUAUUAUUAAUAGAAAAAUAUACCAAAUAUGAUAAUUUAAAAAAGCUAGGAUAUAGUGAUGAAUAUAUAUUAAAAAAUUUCUUGAGAGUAUAUAUAUCUCAUUUUACCCAUACACUUAUACUAAAUAAUAUUAUCCAUUUAUUAAGAACAAAAUAUAAAGCUCAUGUUUCAAUAUUGAAGGCUUAUAAAAAAAAUAUCGAAAAUAUAUUUAUAAGUAGUUCAAGUGUAUUUGCUCCGGACGCUAUAUUCAGCGUGGGGGGUGAUGGUACGUAUCUCGAAUCUGCACACAUUAUAGCGAACAAGUACUCCAUCGACAAAAAUGCACGAAGAGAAAACAAAAGAAUUGAACUAGUGGGAAUAAAUAGUGACCCUAGAGGUUCAGAAGGCAAAUUAUGUCUGGACUAUUUUAUAGAAAAUAAUGAGAAUGACAUGGAUUGUUCAUAUGAAUCAUUUGAAGAAUUUGAAAAGCUAUAUAAUAAGAAAAGUAAGAAGAAGCAUUUUAUUUUUACAGAUGUAAAUAAUUUUAUAGAUUAUUUAAAAAAAAAUGGAGAUAAAAAGAACAAAAUAGAUAUGAAGACUGUCUUGGAUAUAAAUAGAUGUAUGGAUACAGAUCCUUGUGAUGAUAUAAGUUCUUCUGAAAAUAUAGAUAAUAAAGAAAUUUCGUCGCAGCAGGAAUUAUGUUCAUUCAGAAAAAUAAAUACCAUAGAAGAUAUUGUAAGAAAUAAUAGUUUGAGUUAUAAUGGAUUGGAAGAUGAAGAGCAAAAUUGUACGAAUGGAUAUGAUAAGGAGGUUGAUGUGUAUGAUAGAAAUAAAGAUAUGGACCAACAUAAUAUUAAUAUUAAUAUUAAUAGUAGUAGUCGUAGUAGUAGUAGUAGUAGUAGUAUACAUAAUAGUAAGAUUAAGAAUAUGGAAGAUCAUGGUAUAUUAUCAAAUAAUAGGUACAUUAAAAAUAAGGAUAAUUUAAUUAUUAGCAUAAAAGAAUAUAUAAAUAAUACACUACGUAAUUUUUUUGAAUGUAAUAAACAUCAAAAAGUAUAUAGAAAAUAUAUAACCGUUGUUAUUAAGAAAUCGAAUGAAGGUGAAAUAAGAACAUAUAAAAGUAUAAAUGAAGUAUAUAUUUAUGAAGCUAUAAAAAAUAAUAUAUGUACAUAUAUAAAUAUAGAUAAUAAACUUGUUAAGAAAUUAAAAAGUACAGCUUUAUUAAUUACUAGUGGGACCGGUUCCACUGCCUGGGCUUAUAAUAUAAAUAAAAUUGAUAAGAAAAAAAUGAAAUAUAUUAUUGAUGAAUAUAUAAAUAUACAAAAUGACACAAUAAAACAAAAUAUAAAAAAUAUUAAUCUAGAUCUAUUUUCAGAAUAUAUUAAUAAUUCUAUAUGUUUCAAUCCAAAUAGUAUAUAUAUGAAAUGCAUUGUUAAAGAACCUGUUGAAAAUAGUGUAUACGAUUCAACAGAUCAUAUAUAUAAUUGUAGGUAUAUUGAUAUAAAAACAUGUACAAAUAAUACAAUUGUUUAUAUAGAUGGAAUAUACAACAUUAAAAUUCAACCAAAUGAUUCUAUUAUUCUCCACAUAAAGGAUGACGACCAUAUAGUAACAUAUAAAUGA